AUGAUUCUUCCCUUCUCUUGAAGUCUCCCCAAGGACCUCUACAUGGAGGCUGCAGAAUGGAUUCUGGCUCACACCAACGUCCGACCCCGAGUAGCGAUCAUCUGCGGUUCUGGUCUGGGAUCUCUGGCCGACACCCUACAUGAUAGAGUCAUCAUAUCGUAUAAGCAUAUCCCGCAUUUCCCCUGCAGCACCGUGCAGGGCCACGCUGGCAGGUUGGUGCUCGGAAUGCUGAAUGGGAAACCGUGUGUCUGCAUGCAGGGUCGGUUCCACAUGUAUGAGGGCCACUCCAUCUCUGCAGUGGCGUUCCCUGUGCGUGUAUUCUUUCUGCUGGGAGUGCACACGCUGAUUGUGACUAACGCAGCGGGAGGGCUGAAUGACAGCUAUUCUGUGGGGGACAUCAUGUUCAUCAAAGAUCACAUCAACCUGCCAGGAUUGGCUGGACAGAACCCAUUGCAAGGACCCAACGAUAACAGGUUCGGCGUACGCUUCCCUUGUAUGUCUGAUGGUUAUGACUGCCAUCUGCGGAGCCUGGCCAAGGACUGUGCGCGGGAGCUGGGCAUACAAAGCUACAUCCGGGAAGGUGUGUACUGCAUGGUAGGGGGCCCCUCCUAUGAGACCAUCGCUGAGGGCCGAAUGCUGCAACUGCUAGGAGCUGAUGCUGUUGGGAUGAGCACGGUUCCUGAGGUGCUGGUGGGACGUCAUUGCGGUCUUCGAAUUUUUGGUUUCUCUCUCAUCACCAAUAUGGUAGUGACAUCAUAUGACAGCUCCACUUGUGCCAACCACCAGGAAGUCCUCCAGACAUCUGAGGAGCGAGCACCUGCACUGACAGCAUUGAUCACUGCCCUGGUGGGGAGGAUUCCAGAUUGACUCCAAAUAGAAGAACGUAGAAGAUCCUCAUAGGCUGUUAGUGCUCCACCUAGUUUUAGCUCAUUAAUAUUCCUGUUUGUAACAGAUAUAUACCAUCCACCUGCACUGUAUACAAACAGGGUCCACCUGCACUGUAUAGACAGAGAACUCCACCCAACUGCCUUAUUUAAGAGAGAUCCACCAGCACUAUACACAGAGAGCUUCACAAGCACUGUAUAGAAGAGCUUCACCUUCAUCAUAUACACAGAUAGCUUUACCCACCUGCACUGCAUAAAUGAAGAGCUCUGCAUGCACUGCGUGCAUGAUAGGUAGAUGGACAAGAGGGUAUUUAGGAUCUCCCCAGGCAUCAAAGCUUAGGACUAGCCUCAGGAACAUUGGGAAACAUUGGAGAGUAGGAUGUAUAUGAAGAUCUCUCUGUAGGUCCCAAGGGGCAUGUUGGUGGAGCGUUGAACCCACUAUUAGGUUAUCAAUAGUUCAAAGUUCAGUUCCUAAAGGCAGCUGUCUAUCACCUGGGGUAUCCCUUGGGGUUCCUUGAGUACUUGGUAUAAGAAGGAUGGAGGCACCACAGAUUAGUCUAAGUCCAUUAAAAAUUUGUCUUGCUAACAGGUCAGAGCAUAUAUAUCAACACGUUUCAGGGGCUUAAGUUCCCUUCAUCAGGGCUUGAGUGCUUCAAUGAUUAGGGUAUUCUGACAACAAUUGUGUGAAACAAAGAUUCUAGUGAAAAUAAUAAUUGCUGUUCAACAGCCUGACUGUCCAGUAUACCCCAAACACUGAAGCACUCAAGCCCUGAUAAAGGGGGAGUUGAACCUCUGAAAUAUGUUAGAUAAAUCCUCUGACCUGUUGUGAAGAAAAACUUCCACUGGUUUUAGUGUAACUUGGAGCGCUCUCAUCCUUCAUAUACUGAUUCUGAUACAGCCAGUGCUGACACUGUACACAGAUUGUACGUAGUUUGUACAUUGAUUGUAUUGCAAAUUGUAUGCAGAUUGCACAUAGAUUGUACAGACCAAUGUCUGGCCUCAAACUCACCAGGAUGGAAUCCUCAUUCUCUUCUGUAGAAAAGAGCUGAAUAAAUUCUGCAAAUGAA